GCGGCGGCGGCUCGCGGCCCCCGAACGUUGGGACACCGGCCCCGCCCCGCGCUGUUGUUUGUGGUGUCGGCCGGCCGCGGGAGCCCGACCACAACAGUCACCGGCGGGCGGCGGGGUGGGCACGGUCCGGAGGCCGCGGGCGGCGGCGAGCGCGAGCCGAGGGCGGCCGGCCUCCCGCGGCCCCCGAGCUCGGGAUCGCGCGCCGGCCGGAGCCAUGUCGGUGAACAUGGAUGAGCUGCGGCACCAGGUCAUGAUCAACCAGUUCGUGCUGGCCGCGGGCUGCGCGGCCGACCAGGCGAAGCAGCUGCUGCAGGCGGCCCACUGGCAGUUCGAGACCGCCCUGAGCACGUUUUUCCAAGAAACCAACAUUCCCAACAGCCACCACCACCACCAGAUGCAGAUGUGCACCCCCAGCAACACACCUGCCACACCACCCAACUUCCCCGAUGCACUGGCCAUGUUCUCCAAGCUUCGUGCCUCUGAGGGCCUGCAGAACAGCAACAGCCCCAUGACGGCCGUGGCCUGCUCACCCCCUGCAAACUUCAGCCCCUUCUGGGCCUCGUCCCCGCCCAGCCACCAGGCUGCCUGGAUCCCACCCUCCUCCCCCACGGCCCACAGCUUCCACCACCUCCACCACCCACAGCCCACGUGGCCCCCCGGAGCACAGCAGGGGGGCACCCAGCAGAAAGCCAUGGCUGCCGUGGAUGGCCAGAGAUGAGACUGGAUGCCGCCGGGCACUGGGCUGGAGCUGGGGGCAGUCCAGGGUCAUGGGGACACAGGAGGGCUGGGGUGGGGGGAGCUGGGGUAGGUGGGGGUUUCCUGAAGAUCGCACUGGAAGAUUUUAUAAAAGAAUUUUUGUGGGUUGGGGGGACAGUAAACUUCCUGAGCCACUUGGGUCCUUCAGGAGUUACUCUUCAGGCAAGUUUUUUUUCUCUUUUUAAUAUAUAACUAUAAUAUAUAUGAAUAUAUAAAUAUAACUAAUGUAUGUGAGAAUGGGGCUGGCUGACCAGGGUGUUGGGGUCAGUGGGGAAGAGGCAGAGAAUCUUCCCCUGGGGCUGGCACGCCUUCCUCCGCCUAGUCCCAGGGCAGAUGCCUGGAAGCCAGGUGUGUGAUCGUGCAGUCAUGAGGUGUCUGCUGGCUGCCUCCUUUCAAAGGUCACACCUCUGGAAUCGGGAGAAGACCACUACUGAUCCACUCCAAGUAGUGGCUGUGGGAGGGGCUCCCAGAGGUGCCUGGUGGCUGAAGGUGUGGGGGGCCUCUUUGCCAUCAUGAGGGUCUCCCUCUCAUGUUAGUGGCUGGCUCCUCAGUGACUCUGCAGCUCUUGUCGCCUCUCCUUGUGUCACCUGUCUCCAGCUGGCUGUGCAGGGCUUGUGUGGAACUAAAGAGCUGGCUUGGGUCAAAGGCCCAGGCUCUGCCUGCCCGCGGGCUGGACUCUCCACAGCCACCCUGCCUCCUGCUGUGUCCGCCCCGAGUGGAUGACAGAGUGGGGAGCUUGCCUUUGGGUUUAGUUCCCAAAUCAAUCAUCUCACCAGGGUGAAAUUUUAAUUUAAAAAUUUAAAAGAGACUUUUCUAAC